GGCUAGUGAUUGACGAUGUAUUGUGUUGCACCGCGGGAGCAAUUAAAGAAGCUGAGAAGAGAUCAUAAGACUACCACUGUAGAAGUCUGUGGUGGUCGGGACCCCUAUUGAAGAUCUACUUUAUCUCAGGCGGCCUGAUGUACGUGACAGCCUCGGCGUCGUCGAAGGCUCUCGCAUCCCCUGCUCCAUGCUUCCAUUUGUCUGUGUCACGCCAGCUUGGCUCCUGCAGAUUUCGCUGUACUUUUCGCGUUUAAGUCGAUUUAACAAUUUCUUAAUGUCAUCAGGCAACAGAAAAACGAAGCAAGCUGAUGUGCGUGUACGUGCGUGUGUGUGUGUAUGUAUGAACAAUAAGCUCAUUCAGAGACACACAUACAUGAGCGUGCCCGGAUAAGGAGGCCCCUUUUCUACUCCACUUUUUGGGGGGAUUCUUGUUCCUGGGGAGGGUGUUGCGGAAGGAAGGUGCAUCUGGAUCUGAUCUCCCUCCAUUUUUCCUGCCACGUAGUGUCCGCGUUGAACGAAUCUGUGUAUGCAGCUUGGUCAGGUACGCGGCAGGAAUGGAGGGAUCGGUGCCGUACAUGGAGGCGGUUGUGACUUUUAUGGUUGUAAUGUACUUUUUUGAGACUUAUUUGGACUUCAGACAGCACAAGGCGUUGAAGUCGGAGAAGCUUCCUCGCGCGCUCGUUGGUGUUGUUAGCCAUGAAAAGUUUCUCAAGGCCCGCGCAUACAGUCUCGAAAAGAGUCGCUUUGGGUUCGUCCAGGGCGCGGUGGUGUUCUCCGAGAACAUUGCCAUUCUGUUGCUUAAGUUAUUGCCUUGGUUAUGGGACUACUCGGGAACGCUGGUGUUCAAACUGGGCUUUGAUCCGGAGAACGAGAUUCUGCACUCGCUCGCUCUUCUGGCGGUGACCACAGUGUGGGCACAAGUGCUCGGGCUACCGUUCUCUAUUUAUUCGACGUUUGUCAUUGAAGAACGACAUGGCUUUAACAAGCAGACGCCGUGGCUUUUCGUCAAGGAUGUCUUGAUGGAGCUGUUGCUCGCGGCGAUCCUCGGUCCGCCGGUGAUUACGGCGGUUAUCACGAUCGUGAACAAGGGCGGGCCGUACUUUCCCUUGUACCUUUGGGCGUUCAUAGUGCUCUUUUCGCUGCUGAUGAUGACCAUCUUCCCUAUCCUGAUUGCGCCGUUGUUCAACAAGUACACGCCUCUGCCGGAGGGGACUCUGCGAACGAAGAUCGAGAACCUGGCCUCGUCGCUCAAGUUCCCCUUGAAGAAGAUCUUCGUCGUCGACGGUUCGAAGCGGUCGAGUCACAGCAAUGCGUACAUGUACGGAUUCUUCAACAACAAGCGCAUCGUGCUGUACGACACCUUGAUUGCGCAGUGUAACGACGAGAGCGAGGUCGUCGCAACCCUCGCUCACGAACUUGGGCACUGGAAGCUCAGUCACACCGUAUACAAUCUCUGCAUAUCGCAGAUCUUGGCGCUUGUGCAGUGCGCCGGGUACGCAGUAGUCCGGAACAGCAGGGCGCUAUUCGAGAGCUUCGGCUUUUCGGUCCAGCCCGUUGUGAUUGGGUUCAUGCUUUACGAGCACAUCAUUACGCCAGUACACCACCUUGUGAGUUUCGCGAUGAACCUGCUCAGCCGGUCGUUUGAGUUCCAAGCCGAUGCCUUUGCGAAGAAGCUUGGCUAUGGCAGCCAGCUCCGCGGGGCACUGAUCAAGAUGCAGGAGGAGAAUCUCUCCACGAUGAACACGGAUCCAUGGUAUUCCGCUUACCACUACUCUCACCCUCCUCUCGUCGACAGGCUGAGCGCACUUGGAAAAGUGGAGGACGAACACCGCGAUGAAGAUAUCACAUCGGCCGGUGGGGAGUUGAAGAAAGACAAGUGAAAAUGAACAGCGAUGUCGAGCAUAUGGCAGUGCGCCCAGUGCCUAUAUAUGUCGCUCCCUCUAGAAAGGCGGAUGGCUGCUGCCCAGUGCCCACUAUGUCGGUAAGGGUGGGCUGUGCAUUCUCUCCCCCCAAACAACGAGCUAGGAACUCGGCGGUUUUGAAAAACAAAGACAAUCCUUGUUUGAGGUUAUCAUGAAACAACGUGGAAAGACGAUCGUUGUUUCUUAGCGGCUAUUAUGGAACAACGCGAGCGAAUGCUUGUUUGGCGCAAGGCGCACAGCACGGACCGGAUGUGUGUCUACUACUGUCUACUGGAUACGUCUGGCCUGAUGUGCUUGUGCAAUUCUUUCCGGAUUAAGCCACCAGUUCAAUUCCCAGCCGUUUUGCGAAAAUGUGCCGGGUGUACGGGCCUGCCUGUGCACGUUCAAAUCCAUUCAUUUUCCGAAUGUGUUUGGAGAUUCUUGGGAAUGGCAAAGGGACUGGUGGGGUUCGAUGCAUCGGCUGCAGGUGUGUUCGGCUGCUGGCAGAUUUUCCUCCUACCUGCCCCCAUUAUUGCCGUGGACUACAUGAAGCUCCUGCAGAGAGGGCGCAGCCAUAAAGGUUGAGAGAAACAAUGGGGAUGCACACACGCAUGCAUGCACGUGCACACACACACAUGCACUCAUGUGCACACACGCAUGCACGCACAUGCACACACACAUGCUCACACGUAUGCACACAUGCUUGCACGCACGUGCACAUGCACAGCAAAACUGUCUGUCACAGCCACACUUCCUUUGCAGUGUUAUGCUCAACGUAAACAACAAGGCAUGAAGACGGUGUUUGGACAGG